CGGCCGCAGUGAUGAGUGAAGCCCGCUGCUACAUCCGCCUCUCUGGAGGCUAUGAGUUGACAGUUUUCUGCUCCUCUGCGCGGUCACAGCAAACUGCUGCUAGCUAACCGUGCGAAGAGGCCUUCCUGUAGCUAAAUAACAAAAUAAAAACGCUGUAGGUUUGCAGACAUUACCGCCUCACAUUUUAAUAGAAGUAACACAUAGUGACAGAGACCGUUUAAGGCCGCAGAGAGGCGCUGUUGAGCCUCCAACUGCUGUUCUUCUUCCCACAGCAAAGAUACAACAUGACGAGAUGAGUCACUCCAACCUGCUUCCGGAAACUACAUCUGGCCUGGCAUUUCUGUUUAAGUUGACACCUUCCUGGAGGAUGGCAUUGCCUCAGCCACUGCUGGCAACAAUUUAAUACGACAGCUCAAACUGAGCCAGAUCCUGGUUCCGCUAAAGGUUUUUUCCUGUUAAAAGGAAGUCUUUCCUUUCCACUCUUGCCACAUGUUUGCUCAAGAGGAGGGAUUGCUGCAAAGUCAGGUUUGGAGCAGGAAUACUCACCAGCAGGCUGCACGGGACGUUUCUGCAUUUAGUCAGAAUAGAGGAGGUCCAAUUCUUCUGCUAAAAGGUUGCUGCAUCAUGGUGUUGGAGCUGACAUCAGCCGAGCAGGAUGGAACCUCUUCAAGGAGCAUGUUGGACUGAGAUCUAGAUCUGAGCCUGGUGGGUCAUCAUCCAGAGUCCAUGUGUGCCUCUCUUUAUCCCGUCGGAACAUCCUUGGUUCCUAGUUUGGCUUUUAAAGCACAUUGGCAGCCUGAAUGUCUCUGAUCCAACUCUCAUAACCCUGAUAGUUCUGGAUUAUGGCAAAUAAAUGAUGAAGCUUCAUCAAACAGUAAACCUGAGCAUGGCCUCCAGGAGCCCGAGGAGACGUCUGGUUGCUUGUCUUCUGAAUGUUUCAGAGGCUCGCAGGAAGGACGUGGUGGAGAAUGUGGCCAAGGCAGCUUUGUGCAACGCUGAGGGCAUUCAACGGGAGGAGACCACAGUGCUGAACAUCUUUAAUGAUCCUGACUACAACCGCUCCGUCAUCACUAUCGUGGCCUCCAUCGACUCCAUCAGGGACGCGGCGCUAUCUGCGUGUCAGAAGGCAUGCGCGCUCAUAGACAUGCGCACCCACGCGGGUGUCCAUCCCUGCAUGGGGGCCGUGGACCUCGUCCCCUUCUACCCGCUGGGGGAGGAAGUAGGAGUGAAGGAGUGUGUCCAGCAGGCUCUGGCUGUGGCUCACGGACUCACAGAGACGGUCUACGGCUCCAGCGCCUUCCUGUUCGGCUGGGCGGACACCCCCUUACAGCGAGGCCUGGCCCAGAGGAGGAAGGAGAUGGGCUGGUUCCGGAAGACACCGGACCUGCAGGCCCUCAGACCCGAUGUUGGGCCACAACCACAGAAACGAUACGGACUUACAGGUGUCGGCGCCAGCACAUACGUCAUGAACUGCAACGUCACCAUCGACACCCAGGACAUCACCACUGGCCGAAGCAUCGCCGCCGCCAUCAGGGAGUCCACACCUGGGGGACUUCCCGGACUUCAGGUGUUGGCUCUGCCACACGAGGGAGCUGUUGAACUGGCAUGUAACGUGGAGAGCGUGAAGGGAGAUCCGCCCGGUCACCCGAUGGAUGAGCCUUGGCCGUCCUUCAUCAUUGAGGGUCAGCCGUACUGCCACGCUCCAGCUUCCCUCAUCACAGCCCGGGUGGCUGAGCUGGCGCGACGGCGGGGGAUCGGUGUGAAGGGCACCGCCCUGGUGGGGUUUACGUCCCGGGAGUGCAGGGACUUAGCAGAGAUAGCUUUGUCUCAAGGGAUCGGUGAGUUCUGGAAGGAGCAGCGACGGAUCCGCAUGUGAAAACAGAUCAGGGGGAACACCUGCCUAAACUCUGGGGUGAUGACACCUGUUAUACAGAAGAAGUAUCAGAGCUUUUUAUGGUCUUAUGUGACUGAAACCGUCUUUGGAUUCAUGUUCUCUGUCAUACUGGACUCUGCAUAGUUCCUCAUCCAUUUCCUUCCAAGGAGCCAGACGUUCUUCCUUCCCUUCAGGAAUCCUGAAGGUCUUCCAAAGACUAUCUUUGGACUCUGGCUGCCUUCUCACUCAUUUUCUGUCAACAGACAAUUUACUAUUUACAGCUAACUUUUUAAUUAAACUCUUAUUAAAAUUAUUAAAAACA